GCCUCUUCCAUUGUAAAAAGUACGAGUCUGACUAGUGCUAAACCAGUAAACCUAGCUUUGGGUUCCAUUGUGCACAUCUUUGGAAUUUCAAUCAGUUUUCUACUGUGUGUUUCUUUCUUUCUCAAAUGGAAGAUGAUAAGCAUUCAACUCAUAAUUAUGAUGAAGAGCAUUCUUUGCUUCUCGAGUUAUCUGAAAAGGACCCUCUAUUUGACAAGAAGAAGAAACUACUUCAAGUUGUGGGUAUCAGUCCUGAUGAAUGUGUCUGCCUCAAAGGCUCGGAUACUCCUGCCACAUUGAAUUCCGUAUUGGAUUUAUUGCUUCAGAAGGCGAGAGUCAUAUACUUUACUGAGGUAGACCUCUACUUUGCUGCUAGUGAUGUCAUUCAAUCGGUGAAGUUUCAAAACCCCAGGAAUGAGCUGGAAGCUCUACAGUCAAUCAUGUUCCUUAUUGAUAAUUCUAUCUUGAAUUCUAAACACUUGCGGGUAGAUAUACUACAAGAUUUACGCAACAUGACCCUUGAGAAGAUCAAUGCGUUGGGGAACACAAUUAAAGAUGAUACUAAAAUUGUAGGAAACUUUAGGUGUGAGAGGGAGAGUCGUUUGGUACAUUGGGGUGAAGGCGAAGGUGUUAAAACGAAGUUGGAGAUAGCUUAUGUUGAAGGAGCUGGAAGGGGAGCAAUAGCCAAAGAAAAUCUUAAAGUAGGAGACAUUGCUUUGGUGAUCCCUGUCACUGUUAUUAUCUCGGAAGAGCUUGUGCAUAAAUCAGACAUGUUUCCCGUUUUGGAAAAAAUCGAGGGCAUCACAUCUGAAACAAUGUUGUUGUUGUGGAGUAUGAAGGAGAAGCACAAUCAUGAAUCAAAAUUUAAAUUCUACUUUGACACACUUCCUGAAGUAUUUAAUACAGGCUUGAGCUUUGGAGUUGAUGCACUAUUGGAGUUAGAUGGAACCUUGUUACUAGAAGAAAUAGUGCAAGCCAAAGAGCACUUGCGCACUCAAUAUGACGAGUUAUUUCCUGCACUUUACCAUGCUCGGCCUGAUAUAUUUCCUCCAGACUUGUACACAUGGGAAAACUUCUUAUGGGCUUGUGAGCUGUGGUAUUCUAACAGCAUGAAAGUUAUGUUCCCUAAUGGAAGAUUUCAAACGUGCUUAGUUCCUAUUGCAGGCUUCCUCAAUCAUUCGAUUAAUCCGCACAUAAUGCAGUAUGGGAAAGUAGACUCUGCUACAAACUGUUUAAAGUUCCCUCUUUCAAGACCGUGCAAUGCUGGGGAACAAUGUUUUCUGAGUUAUGGGAAACUCUCUAGUUCUCAUCUGAUUACAUUUUAUGGGUUUUCAACUCAAGCAGACAAUCCCUAUGAUGUCAUUCCAAUCGAUUUAGAUCUGCCCAAUAUUGAUGAUUAUGAAAAUGGAAACCUAAUGUCUGAUUGGACCAAUCAUAUGGUGAGGGGUACUUGGCUCUCAGAAAAUCAUGAGAUAUUCCACUAUGGAUUGCCAUCUCCUUUACUGGAACAUUUCCGUAGAGCUCAGGGUUCUGCUAUGCAACCAAGUACCAUAACGCAAGAAAACUUGGCAAUCGAAUUAGAAAUCCUCUCAGUUCUUUGCUCUACCUUUGAAGACAUGAUGCAAGGCAUAUGUGAUACUGAUGAUGAUGACAGGGAAAAUGGAAGUUGGGAUGUAAAAUUAGCAUCAACAUUUAAAAAAUCGCAAAGAAGGAUAUUUUCCUCCAUUGUAACUUCUUGUAAAGCUGGUAGCAAGUUGGUGGAACAUGAGUUGUCGAAAUGUGGAGCUUAGGGCAGUUGACAGGGAAUAUUAGAUUACUAUUUGUUCUUUUUCAUGAUAUUUAGGAGUGAAGAAUUUUUCUAAUCGUGUGUUAUAUAAUUAUUAUUAUCUUUUUGUUAUGAUCAAUCACAGAAAAUGUAAAUACUCGUUCAUACAUGCCUUCAUCAAUAUUUUUCCUGCUGA